CGUCACGCGAGAAAGCACAGAAGCCGAGCGAGGAAAAAAAUAUAUAUAUAUCAACAACAAGAACAACAGUUACCUGCCAACACACCACCGUGAUAGUCCGCAGACAUGUCGUUAACAGUCCUAAAGGACUGCAUGGACUCGUAAAGGCUAUGAAUUCCUGUGAGUAUGGAGAAGUUUCAGAAGAAGCGAUGCUUGCGAAAGAACACAAGCAUGUCCAGGACGUUAAGGAGGAAUCGGAGGACUUCGCUAUUGGCGAGCCACCUGAAGGACUCGGAGGAGGGCCUCCUGGAGCCACCGAGGCUGGUAAACGGCCAUCUGCAGGGAUGGGCCCUUACACAAACCAGUCCACCAGCAGCAAGAGAGCCAGACUCUCUGGCGAGAUGAGGCGGCAGUUGCUGGAUGAGAGCGGCAGACAUGAGCCUCUUUGCCUCGCCACAACUGGAGAGAGGAGGAAUUAUGUCCAGCAGAAACCCAGAGUCUCCUACAGAAAGCCUCUCUUCAGCAUCUCCCACAGGAUCUCGGAGAAGAGGAACACGCCGAGUCUGGAGCAGCAGGCCGGUCACGGCGCCGCAAAUCCGCUCAACUACGCCAGCAUCCUCUCGUCCAAGCUCCAGGGUUCAGAGGGAAAUGGCCCGUUGGAGACCCUCCCCGCCAUAGACGCUUUAGGCCAAGCGUCGUCAACGGACACUAGCCUUUAUCCGCUGAUUGAGAAAAUGUUUCUCAUCCUCAACACCCUCAAUUCAAGCAUGACACAACUGCACAGCAAAGUGGACUUGUUAACCCUUGAAGUCAUGCGGAUAAAGAAGCAGAUCAAGCCCGCCGAGAUGGUGACGGAGUUCCAGCCUCCUCCUGAAUAUCUGUUAACAAGUGACGAAUUGAAUCAGCUGAUGGAGCAGACAUCCAGCGCUGGGGAGCUCGGGUGCCGGCUGCUGGUGCAUCUCUUCCCGGAGCUGUUCAAGGCCAGGGAGUGCUCCCAUGAAUGCAUGGCAAGCAAGAGAACACUGGAGUCUCUCCAUCUGCAGCUGAUCCGUAACUAUGUUGAGGUGUGCCACCCCUUGGUCAAAAACAACAGCGUCUGGCAGGAAGAAUGCCUCGUCCAGAUCAAUGACUUGUUCAAUCGCUUCUGGGCACAGAGGGAUAUGGAGAGUGCUCGGCUGCUCAGGAAGCAGACGAUCACAGGUGCCGCGAUAAAGGCUGAGCAUCCUCAAACCUACCAUUUCAUCAACGAGCAGGGCCAGGAGGAGCACGUCCCUUUAGAUAACCAGCAAAGCAGCGGGGCUGCGUCAGACCUUGCGUUCAAUACGCAAGCCACGGAGGAGCUGGACGAAUUCUCCUCACCCGAGGACUUUGUUGUUUUUCUCAUGCACCGUCUCUUUCCCGAGGUUUUCGAAGAAGGGAAAAUGCCAGAAGGCUCCAGCCACUUCAGUAGCGUGGGGCAGCUAAUUCUGGACUCCGACAAGAUGGAAAUAAUAAGGAAGUAUAUGGAAGCAAAUUUUCCCGAUGUGCCUGAAGACAGCUGGCUUCAGGUGUGUAUUCAGCACAUGGAGGACGCUCUGGAGGGUCCUCACAGCAAUGGCAAUGGGAGUGACCCUGACAAUAUCAACGACGAGGGCUAUGACCUGGCCAGCCUUCCCGAGGAUGUUUCUAUUAUUAAGGUUCCAGAGGCGGGCGAUUACGAAAGGCCCGGUCGCAAGGCCAAAAAGUCGCUGCUUCCGCCGGUGGAUUUUGACGAUCUCGAGGUUCCUCUUCCUGAUUACACUGUUCCCCAGGAGUACCUCUUGUCCAGGGAGCAGCUGAAGAACAACUAUGAAUGUAGCCUGUCCAUCGGGAACUUUGCCUCUCGGCUGCUGGUGCUCAUGUUCCCCGAGCUCUUCACCCACGAGAACACACGGAAGCAGUACAACUGCAGCGGCUCUCUUGGUAAAAAGCAGCUCGACCCCGUUCGCGUGAACCUCAUCCGUCACUACGUGCAGAUGGUCUACUCUCGGGCCAAGAACGACCGAGUGUGGAUGUUGGAAUUUGUGGGCAAGCUCGACGAGAGGUGCAGGAGACGCGACACGGAGCAGAGGAGGUCCUAUCUGCAGCAACGCAAAGUGUACGGUCAAGAGUCAGAGCAGGACUUUCUUUGCCACCUGAACCAGCUCAAUCCAGAUAGCAUGAGGGAGGAUCCGGAUGCUCCCUCUUUACCUCCUGAGAAAAGUAGCAAAGACUUCUGUAAAAUCCCCCUGGAUGAGCUGACUGUAUCCACGCCGGACUUCCCUGUACCUCCCAUCUACCUGCUCUCAGACACUGAGGUACGGGAGAUCGUCCAGCAGAGUCUCUCUGUUGGGAACUUUGCCGCCCGCUUGUUGGUGCGCCUCUUCCCUGAGCUCUUCACUCAGGAGAACCUGCGGCUGCAGUACAACCAUUCGGGGGCCUGCAACAAGAAGCAGCUCGACCCUGUCCGCCUCAGACUGAUCCGCCACUACGUGGAAGCGGUGUAUCCUGUGGAUAAGAUGGAGGAGGUGUGGCACUAUGAAUGCGUGCCGAGCAUCGACGAACGCUGCCGGCGCCCCAAUCGCAAGAAGUGCGACAUCCUUAAGAAGGCCAAGAGGUCAAGCACUGUGCCCUAGUUACAGUAGUAUUUCAGUUAGGCAACACUUGGUUGAAAUAAAAAAAAAGUAUAAUAAUUGCACAGUAUAUAAGCUGAAACCGCUUUGUUGAACUUUUUCAAACUGUCCUAUGUAGGAUGAAGCCAAGCUGUUACGUUUCUUCAAUACUAUUGUUAGUCAUCUUUUACCAUGCGACAACAGCAGUAGAUGUUGUAGUUUAUGUAGUCUUAUUAUUGUUGGAUAAAACUGCUUCUAUUUAUAAGCCCAAACGGUCAUAGCUCAUCUAACAAACUUUGUUGAUAAAUGUUGUAGCCUUAAAAACGAUAACGAUGAUAGUAGCUAAUAGCGUCGGCCACAUAUUGGCCCUAUGGAUAGAAAUGAGUCACGACGACGUGAUAUGAUUCCUUUGCCGUUACUGAUGUAGCAUUGUGCCACCACUGUUUUAAUAACAAUGUGCUUAUGUUAAGCCUUCUUAUAGAAGUUUAUAUUAUACAGACAAUUUAACAUGACAGUGGAUCAUGAUAACCUAUUUCUAAUAAAACCACAAUUAUAAAUAUGACAUAUGGUUGGACUGUUUUACGUACUGGCACUAACCUGAACUUGUUGGAUACUGACUGCAGCUUUACACCCAGAGGAUUUAGAGGUGACCCUAAUCUUAACCCUGAACCCUCCCCAACAAGCUCUGUACAACGCAACAUCCACAAUGCUUCUACUCGUGCUUGCCAUUUUACAUUUUAGCCUCGAUAAACAUAUGAAAUGUGGAUUCACGGAAAAGAUAAUGGCAGUAGCUGAACGUACUACAUAACUAAUGAUUCUGAUGAAAACUCAUGAACUUGCAAGAAAAUAUCAAAGUGCACCUUUAUUGGAGGAGUCACACAGUAUAGUGGGGAAAGGUAAACACUCAAUCUUUCUCCCAACCAACUGUGUAAUGUCUACAACCACUGAGAACUGUUAACCUUUACAAACUUUUACAAUCCAUUAAGGGUCCAAAUUUUUGGAGCCCUUUCGAACGCCACUCAUUUGGUCGCAUUAAUUUCUGCGGCUGCCGUCGCCUUCACUGGUAUCCCAGUCAACACUGUCCUAUUCCAAAUUCAUGUCUUAAUGGCCUCAUCUUUGGUAAGCUCUAUACUUUUCCAGCGCCUUAUGGCAACCUUAUACUUUUCUGCGUUACUGGAUUCGCCUAAAACCCUCCGAAGGAUGACUCUCAUCAGAGUGACGGUGUUUGUUUCCCGGUUCUCCGACAGCACCAGGUCCAAGGUGUCCCCGACUUUCACCUGAAUACAGAACGGAAUAGAAGUAAUGGGAAAAGGAGGUACAAAACACACGUGGAUAGAGUGAGAAUUUGUGGCGGGAAUGUGUAAUCCAACACGACUCACAGUUUUACUUUUCUUGAUGAGUUUCUGUCCGUUUAGCCUGAGCUUGUUGUUGUAGAAGGAGUCCUCAAUUUUACUGUUAUGAGACGAGAGGAAAGGGGUUUAAAGGCCCUGCUGACUGAAACACCACUGGUAGCACUGGUAACUAAAACCAUAAAAAACUAAUAUGUUGUAUAAUUACUGCCUGAUAUGUUUGUUUGGAAAAACUCUUUACAUUAAGACCGCUAUAAAGAAAGAAAGAAAAGGCAUUCAAAGCUGUAAAGGCAGCUGAUGGGCAGUGACUCACUUGCGUGCCAUGUCCAGGCCAGCUUUCAUUAUGACAUCAUAGCGAAAGGACUGCACAUAUUUCUCCAUGUCUUUAUAGUCCUUUGGUAGGUUUGGGUUCUCAACCACCUCAUCUUCAUAAUCACU